AUGUCUCCCUCCACCGCACAUAUAUCGAGCCAACUUAGGCAAUUAAUAUAUUACCAUCUUGAUAACAACCUCGUCCGUAAUGCGCUUUUCCUUGCCGGUCGGUUGCACGCCUACGAACCCCGAGCAGCGGAAUCUUCAUAUUUACUCGCCUUGUGCCAUCUCCAGAGCGGUCAAGUGAAAGCAGCAUACGAUUACAGCAAGAACUUUGGUUGGCGAGGCACUCACCUGGGCUGCGCGUAUGUGUUCGCUCAGGCGUGCUUGGACCUGGGAAAAUAUCCUGAAGGCAUCACGGCGUUGGAACGAAGCAAAGGACUCUGGUCCACAAAGAACCAUUGGGGAAAACACAGCGAAACGCGCAGGCAACAUUUACCCGAUGCGGCAGCGGUGCUAUGUCUACAGGGCAAGCUGUUCUAUGCGCACAAUGAACUCAAUGCGGCUGUUGAAUGUUAUGUCGACGCGCUCAAGUUGAACCCGUUCAUGUGGGACGCUUUCUUGGGCUUGUGGGUCAACAUCCGCGUUCCCAAUAUCUUCAAGAUGACACCUGAACUCAGCGCUUUAUUAGCAUCCUCCUCACAAGAUGACUUGGACGUGUCUUCGGAUAAGGCAGCACAUCCCGCAGGUCCCUUGCAGUCGCAACCGAAACUGAACUCGAGCACCGAUCCCUUUACUUCUUUGACGUCUCGGACUGAGGCAGUCGGCACGCAUGGGAGCUCCGCUCUCUGGGAGAAGCUAAAUGGCAGCACAGUCAGCGUGGCAUCCACGGGCACAUCAACAGUUCCGGCAAUUCGAGAAGGGACCGAAACACCUGGAGGCCAAAGCAGUGAGUCGGACGACCGUGUCAUGCACCGGACAGACGCACCUAUGGAGCCGCCCUUGGCACCUGCACGGAAGAACCGAACAAUACAAGCGAUUAGUGCCGAUCACGGCAUGGACUCCCCACCAAAGAUGAAGCCCACGGGUAUACGACCCCGGACCAGGACUAAGCCCGAGCCCGAUGAGUCGACUACAACCUAUACGGAUCGAGAGCUCUCACACGGAGUCCGUGUGGGCGACCGCAAGCGAACUGUCUCUGGAUCAGUUGCUCAUUCCGCGCAGCAACCCACCGAACCUGGCGCGCCGCAAAGGCGGAGCGUCCGCCUUUUCAACCAGAUUAAGCCUACUACGAGCAAGCUUUCUAGUACCGCGCUGGGGACAAAGGAUGGUCGAGAAAUGAAGAAGGUCAGGGCUACUGGUGCGAAGGGUCGCACUACAACCGCUCCUAGUGUGGGCCGGGUCGUGAGCGGCAAUCGAAAACACAUCGGUGACACCCAUGAUGGCGAGGCCAAGGACCACCGGCCAGCCACCUCGGCAUCGAAUGGGACGCACCACACUUCAUCGAGAGGGCCUUCGCUUGAUCGGUCUAAAGCUGUGGAGGCAUUGACAUGGUUAUUAGAGCUGUUCUCGAAGUUGGCGUCCGGAUACUUUGCGUUGUGUCGCUAUCGUUGCGCUGAAGCUACCCAGAUAUUCGCGGCUUUGUCUCAAGGGCAGCGGGAGACUCCAUGGGUACUCUCCCAAAUAGGUCGAGCAUACUACGAGCAGGCGAUGUAUUCCGAAGCCGAGAAAUACUUUGUCCGGGUAAAGAGUAUGGCUCCGUCCCGGUUGGAGGAUAUGGAAAUCUACUCGACGGUGCUCUGGCAUCUGAAGAAUGAUGUCGAGCUGGCUUAUUUGGCGCACGAGCUCAUGGAAACCGACCGUCUCUCCCCUCAGGCCUGGUGCGCCGUUGGCAACUCGUUCUCCCACCAGCGGGAUCAUGACCAAGCUCUGAAGUGCUUCAAGCGAGCCACGCAACUUGAUCCUCAUUUCGCGUACGGGUUCACUCUGCAAGGACAUGAAUAUGUGGCCAACGAAGAAUACGACAAGGCUCUCGAUGCGUAUCGACACGGCAUCAGCGCUGACAGUCGCCAUUAUAACGCCUGGUAUGGAUUGGGUACGGUAUACGACAAGAUGGGCAAGCUCGAGUUUGCCGAACAACAUUUCCGCAAUGCGGCCAACAUCAAUCCUACGAACGCUGUGCUCAUCUGCUGCAUCGGACUGGUAUUGGAGAAGAUGAACAACCCCCGCGGGGCUCUCGCCCAGUAUGGACGGGCCUGUCAAUUGGCGCCUCAUUCGGUUCUUGCUCGCUUCCGCAAGGCUCGCGUGCUGAUGAAGCUCUCGGAGCUCAAGUUGGCACUGACCGAAUUGAAGGUGCUAAAGGAUAUGGCACCGGAUGAGGCCAACGUGCAUUAUCUGCUGGGUAAACUCUACAAGAUGUUGCAUGAGAAGGCGAAUGCUAUCAAGCAUUUCACGACCGCUCUGAAUUUGGAUCCCAAGGCGGCGCAAUACAUCAAGGAUGCCAUGGAAUCCCUGGAUGAUGAUGAAGAGGAUGACGAAGAUAUGGCAUGA